UCUGCUAGUUGUUAUCUUCUUGGCUUUAGUCUCUGCUACUUUCCCUGGUUUCAGCCAAAAGCCUUUGGAGGAAUGGUGCAGUAUCAGGCUACUGGACUUGGUAACAGGAACAUUCCCUGAUUUUAGUGUUGCUAUUAGAUUUUUGGUUUGGGUUAGGCCUUUAAUUACCUGGAAUCAUAAGGGAUGUCACACUUAAGGAAUGUGUAAGAUCUUAAGGAAUGUUUAGACCUACUUAAAGAUUAAAGAAUAGUCAGAAGUAGAUAGUUUACCAAGUCUAGCAGGCUGAAACAGCACCAAUCCUCCAAAGAUGUUUAGUUCCAAAUCUGGGAAAGAAACCAGAGAACUAAAGCCAAAAGAUAACAAAGUUUAACAACUAGCAGAUCUCCUUGCCAAAUGCUAACCCUUUCUCUUCCCUGUGAGAAGAAAAUGAAUGAUGGAGCAAAAGGAUUACUAUUAGACAGCUGCAGUCCAGCUAGAACAUGUGAUUGCGGCCGACACGUGAUAUAAUGAAGUUUGAAACUUUGGCCUGUCUGUUCAUGUAAUUCUAAUUCUACCAACCAGAUCAUAGAUGGAAAAGCAUGAUCGUGUAUAAUUGCUUUUGGCCAAAGUAUAACAACUUGCAUUGAUAAACGUCAACCCAAUCAAUCAUACUUUUUUCUUUGAUAGCAGGAAGUUGCCGGGCAACCACUGCAAUCACGUGCAUAGACUUGCCCACUGUUCAUUUUUUUUGCUCCUUGAUUCAUUCUUUUCUCACAGAAGAUUAGGAUUGAUUUGGUAAGGAAAUUAAUAUCUGCAAGUGGCUUUCUUCUUGGCUUUUGCUCCUCCCUCCUCCUUUCCACUGAUUUUCAACCAACCCCUUUGGAGGACUGCUGCAAUAACGACCUACAAGACUAGAUCCUUGAAGACUUCUCAGCUGAUCAACCCAGGUGCUUGGUUCCUAUUUUUCUUGGAAUUUUUUUUUUAAUUGAGGGAAAGGGAUUCGAAGUCUGCUUUUUAGGCAGGGAUCAUGCAUCAGUCACUGAAUCAAAUGUUCGGGUGUACCAUUUUUCUUGGAAUUUACUUGUUUAUUAAUUCACGGAAGAGCUUGUCUUGCAUGUUUCUUUUCUGAGGCAUUGACUUGGAAAAAUCUCUAAGAUGAACAGACAUGUAAAAUUUCAAAGUUCAUCAUAACAUUUGAUUGUGGAGAUAUACCAUAAUCACAUGAGACUUUCUAGCUAGACUCCAGCAGUCUAAUAGUAAUUCUUUUGGUCCAUAAUUCAAUUUCUUUUCACACGCAGAGAAAGGGUUAGGAUUUGGCAAGGAGAUCUGCUAGUUGUUACUUUGUUAUCUUUUGGCUUCAGUUCUCUGCUUUCUUUCCCAGAUUUGGAACUAAACACCUUUGGAGGAUUGGUGCUGUAUCAGCCUGCUAGACUUGGGUGUAACUUAUCAUGGAGCUUGUAGGACCAAUCCUUGAAGUGAUAAAGUGCUUUGGAGGUCCAACUUGCACGUACUUGGAUAAUCACCGAAAGCUUGAAGAAAACAUGAGUGAUCUUCGAAGAAGAGUGGAUGGUCUAUGUAUUCGGAAGCAAGAUCUUAAAUUGAGAAAGGAUGCAGAGCUUCGUAGAGGAAAAGUGGUAAGGAAGGAGGUGGAGAGAUGGUUUGAAGAUGUAGAAAGGAUAAUUUUUGAUAUGCAUACGAUUGAACAGAAGUUAUGUGAUGUGUCAUACUUCUCACGUGCCCGCCUUGGGAAACUUGUUUGUCGAAAGAUCGAAGAAGUGAAAGAAAUUCAUCACCAAGGAAGUUUUCUUGAUGGUGUAGCAAUUGAUGCACCGCCAACUGGGGGGGUAAUAUUGCAGACUACAGAUCUAGAGGGUGAAAUUAAUGUAAAAGAACAAAUUUUGGAAUACUUGAUGGGUGAUGAAGUUGCGAUGAUCGGAGUAUGUGGCAUGGGUGGUAUUGGGAAAACUACCAUCAUGAAGCAUAUCAACAAUCAGUUGUUGAAGGAGGCCCGAUUUGAUAAAGUGAUUUGGGUCACUGUGUCAAAAGAAUUAAAUGUUGUCAAAUUGCAGGAAGAUAUUGCAUCCGCAUGUGAUAUGAAGGACUGUCUUCCUAAAAAUGAAUUGAAGAGAGCAACUAAAUUGAUGGAUAUCUUGAAAACAGAAAGAUAUGUCUUGAUCUUAGAUGAUGUUUGGAAACGAUUUUCUCUAUCGCAGGUGGGAAUCCCUGAACCGACACAUGAUGGAAGGAAACUAGUGAUCACUAGUAGAUCAAUUGAUGUUUGUCUAUCAAUGGGUUGUAAAGUGUUUAAAGUGCAACAUCUUUCAAAAAAGGAGUCCAUGAACUUAUUCUUAAAACAUGUAGGGCAUGCUGUUCUACAACAUCCUACUUUGAAAGAAAUCGUGAAGCUUAUUGUUGAUCAAUGUGGUGGUUUACCACUUGCCAUUGUGACAAUAGCUGGAAGCAUGAAGGGGGUGGAUGAUGUUCAUGAGUGGAGGAAUGCACUUAAUGAAUUAUGUGAACGUGUCAAAAGCGUGAGAGGAUUGGACGCUGAAACAUUUGAAUGUUUGAUGUUUAGUUAUGAUCAUUUAGGUGAUUCAAAAAUUCAAAAGUGUUUCUUAUAUUGCUCCUUAUAUCCGGAGGAUUGUACAAUCGCAAGGAGCAUGUUAAUUGAAAACUGGAUAGAUGAGGGGCUCAUUGAUGAAUGUGGAUGUAGACAGGCCAUGCAUGACAGAGGUCAUAGUAUUUUGAAUAAGCUUGAAAAGAAUUGUUUGUUAGAGAAGGGUGACAAUGGUGUAGGAGUUAAGAUGCAUGAUGUUUUGAGAGACAUGGCAUUGUCUCUUAAAAAUGCUUAUCCUCGAUUCAUGGUGAAAGCUGGCAUGGAAUUGAAGGAAUUACCACGCAAGCAUGAGUGGACUGAGGAUCUUGAGAAGGUUUCCUUGAUGGAUAAUUCAAUAUCAGAAAUUCCUUUGGGCAUAUCUCCGAAAUGUUACUCUUUGUCAACCUUGUUGUUGCAAGAGAAUCAUGAAAUGCAGAGGAUUUCAGAAUCUUUCUUCGAGCACAUGCAUGGAUUAAAGGUUCUUAAUCUUUCUAGUACUGACAUUCGAUAUCUGCCCAACUCUAUCUCCUACUUGGAAAAUCUUGAAGCUCUUGUGCUUCGUUUCUGUUUCAAGUUAAGACAUGUGCCUUCGUUGGGGAAGCUUACAGCAUUAAGAAAGUUGGACCUUUAUCAUACAGGUAUUGAAGAGGUCCCUCAUGGUAUGGAAAUGUUAGUAAACCUCACGUAUCUUGCUUUACAUUCAAACAAUCUAAAGGAGUUACCAAUCGGAAUACUACCUAAGCUUUCUCAUCUCCAAUACUUGCUAACUACAUCGUAUGUAAGAGGAGAGGAAGCAACAAAAUUGACAAAGCUGGAGAUAUUUUCAGGUUCAUUCACUGAGCCUCAAGACUUUCAGAAUUAUGCUGAGUCUAUGGCGGGUCCAAGGCCUACAAAUUACUUGCUGCUAGUGGGAUCACACGGGCUUAAGUUCUAUGAGUUUUAUCGACAUCAAAACGUUUUUUUGUUCUGGCUGCAGUUUGAGCAACUUGAAAUUCAUAAAAAAGUAUACUUUUUUAACUGCAGGAUAAGGGGAGAUCAAGAUCCUGUACUGCUCCCCAAUGACCUUGAGGCUCUGCAUGUUGAGGAAUGCCAUGAUCUCCUAAGCUUAAGCAAUACAUUUUUGUUCCAUGAUCAGGCAAAUAAUUUGAAGCAUUGUUAUAUUUGGCAGUGUAGAGGAAUACAGUGCUUGCUUGACUUGUCAUUCUCGUCUUGCAACUUACUUCAGAGAAUUGAAACCCUACACCUUAAACGAUUGCAAAACUUGCGUCAACUUGUAAGAGUAGGAGUAGCAGCUGAAUCUACAUCUCAGGCUCCGAUGCUGCCUUCCGUCUUCUCUUCUCUUAAAUAUUUUUAUUUGGACAGCUGUUCAAGUAUGAAGAAGUUGUUUUCAUUUGAGUCAGUGCAGAGCCUCCAAAACUUAGAGGAACUUAAAGUUGUAUUUUGUAAAGAAAUGGAGGAAAUAAUAGCAUCAGAAGAAGAAGAAGGAGAAUGGAUGGAUCCCAACACAACAACAUUUAUUCUUCCCAAAUUAAGGAAGCUGCACUUGGAGUACUUACCAGAAUUGAAAAGCAUUUGUGGUUCUGGAGUUGCUAUUCGUGUAGAUUCUCUGGAAUAUAGGAUUUCUGAUUGUUUGAAGUUAAAGCCUGCUUCUUGUCGUGCAUUUAUAUCAGGUGAAGAGGUCUUUAUCUAAUAAAUGUGCUUGAGCAUCUUCCACUAAGGCCUUACCAAAACUGGCUUGAGGAAAUCUGUCGUAUUUGGUCAUGUCAAUAAUAGAGUGUCUGCUUGAGUUAUCCUCCUCAACCUCAUCCUACUCCCCCUUUCAGAAACUUGAGAAGCUCGAGCUUGUGAGUUUGUAUAACUUGCAUGUACAUGUGAAAAUAAAGAGAGCAGCAGCUGUACCUGCAUCUCGUACACCCGCAGCUGCUGUCAUGAUCUUCUGUCUUAAGAUAUUUACUAUAAUUCAUAGUACUAGUAUCAACAAGUUGUUGCCAUCUGGUUUCUUGAAGGAUCUUCAACAUCUAGAGGAGAUUUUGGUUAGUUCAUGCAAAGAAAUGCAGGAAAUAAUAGCAUCAGAAGAAGAGGAAGAGAAUCACAAGGGAGAAGGAACUAAUGCAACCAUAACCAUGGCUCUUCCCAACCCAAGGCAAUUGCCCUUUUUUGACUCACCAAAAUUGGAGAGAAUCUGGUGCAAAAAGGGAGUCAUGGUUUGUGAUUCCUUCAAUUUAUCUUCAAUUUGCAGUGAUCUUCAUUUAAUCAUUUCAGUAUACUUUAUGUUGUAAAUAUAAAAGCACAUCAAGCAGUUUAUGUUUCUACGUGAUGGUUUGCUUGAUAAUCCUGUCCUGUAAGUAACUAAUAAUAUUACAUAAACUUCCUACAACAACAUUGUCUCGCCUUUUUCCAAUGUCUGAUAUAAAGGUAGAGAAAGUCAAUUAUCAAACAAGAAUUAUGUAGUUAGAAUAAAUUGAAAAAGUGGAGGAAUGGUGCAGUAUCAGGCUACUAGACUUGGUAACAGGAACAUCCCCUGAUUUUAGUGUUGCAAUUACUUUUUGGUUUGGGUUUAGGCCUUUGAUAGCUGGAAUCAGAAGGAAAUAAAAGUGGAGGAAUGGUGCUGUAUCAGGCUACUGGACUUGGUAACAGCAACAUUCCUUGAUUGUAGUGUUGCUAUUACUUUUUGGUUUGGCUUUAGGCCCUUGAUACGUGGAAUCAGGAGGAAACAGUGGGCCACCAAACUAGAAUAAUAGCUUCUGGUCUUUAUUUACUGGCUGAAAAGUCAAUUAGCUAAUAAAACUAUCCUCAACAGACAGAAAAUCUGAGUCCUUGUGUUUCAGAAGGUUUCUACCAUGGCCGACACCAUCAGAACCGACGUAGUGGACAACGUUCUGAACGCUAAACGCCGUGACACGAUUGGACGUUUCCUAACCAACCUCGGCAAAUUCGCGGUUGAUUCAGCCGCCAGCGUCUCCCUCAAAGGUUUCACUGGCUUUUCUGGUGCGAGUACUGCAGGGGGAAAGAAACUGUACGAGAUUUUGCAGGAAAGAUUCAAAGCUCAGCCAACUCCACCCUUGUUAAACUGCAAAAGGAAAUCGGAAGAUGACAAACUGAUGGAGAAGAUGCAAUUAGCAAAGAUGGAAGACAUGAAUGAGGUUAAGCAAGAAAGUAAAACAGCGGGCAAACCUGUUGCAGGAUCGGAGCCUAGGAAGAAGAAGAAGAUACCCCACGACAUGAAGGACUUGGGUCUUCAGAAUCCUGACAGGAAAAGAAUUUUCAUUCGUUCUCGGCUGUAAAAACAGGCUAUUGUGUUGUUCAGGUCAUGGUUCUCUGAUACAGAGACUCCAUUUCUGAAUCUUGGUUCUCUAGGACCGAUCCCCCUCUCCGUCUGAUUGACUGCAACCCUUCUCCUCAAUUGGUAUUUUGCGCUUGAAAAAUAUUUGUUCUGUAAAUUUGCAUCAAUGUUCUGGCAUUAAUUCACUGUUUCUUCAAGAUGAAAGUCUAGGGCUGUGAAAUUUCUUCAGGAUGUAGUGAACUGCAAACAUAUGAACUUGUGAACUUAACCUCAAACACAAGUAGAAUUGACUGUAAAACUAACUUUUAAA